AUGGGGGAUAAUUUUCAAAAUAAUAAAACCAUGGCUUCGGUUAUGAUGGACUAUGAUUUUAAAGUAAAAACUCAAAAUGAGCGAUCUAAAGUUGAAGAUCUCUUUGAUUUUGAGGGAUGUAAAGUUGGAAGAGGGACAUAUGGUCAUGUUUAUAAAGCUAGACGAAAAGAUGGUUCCGAUACUAAAGAUUACGCACUAAAACAAAUUGAAGGUACAGGACUCUCUAUGUCGGCAUGCAGAGAAAUAGCUCUCUUGAGAGAACUAAAGCACCCAAAUGUUAUAAAUCUCAUUCGAGUGUUUCUCUCUCAUACAGAUAGAAAAGUUUGGUUGCUCUUUGAUUAUGCUGAACAUGAUUUAUGGCAUAUCAUCAAAUUUCAUAGAGCAGCAAAGGCCAAUAAGAAAUCAGUGAUGGUACCCAAGGGUAUGGUGAAAAGUUUAUUGUAUCAAAUAUUGGAUGGAAUACAUUAUUUACAUUCAAACUGGGUGUUACACAGAGAUUUGAAACCAGCCAAUAUAUUAGUAAUGGGUGAAGGCCCUGAAAGGGGUCGUGUGAAAAUAGCUGACAUGGGCUUUGCAAGAUUAUUUAAUGCUCCAUUAAAACCCCUUGCUGACUUGGAUCCAGUUGUUGUGACCUUUUGGUACAGAGCACCAGAGUUGUUGCUUGGUGCCAGACAUUAUACCAAAGCGAUCGAUAUCUGGGCGAUUGGCUGCAUAUUUGCUGAGCUCUUGACAUCAGAGCCAAUAUUUCACUGUCGCCAAGAAGACAUUAAAACCAGUAACCCAUAUCAUCAUGAUCAGUUAGAUAGAAUAUUCAAUGUCAUGGGAUUCCCCCUAGAAAAAGAUUGGGAGGAUAUUAGAAAAAUGCCAGAACAUGCUACAUUAGUUAAAGAUUUUAAAAGAUCUAAUUAUCAGAAUUGUUCACUAAGCAAGUACAUGGACAGGCAUAAAAUCAAACCAGACAGCAAAGCGUUCAGUCUCUUACAAAGGCUGCUUCUAAUGGAUCCUAAUAGAAGAAUCACUUCAGAACAGGCCAUGCAAGACCCAUAUUUUACUGAAGAUCCAUUACCCACACAGGAUGUGUUCGCCGGCUGUCCCAUACCAUAUCCAAAGAGAGAGUUCUUAACCGACGAUGACCAGGAAGAUAAGAGUGAUUCAAAAGCUCGACAAAAUCAACAACAACAGCAGCCUAAUACACAACAAAAUCAAGUACAAGCCAAUAGCCACGAUCAUGGUGCCAACAAUGCAAAGAGAAUGCGAAUGCCAGGACCAAAUCAAGGUAACAACACCUCAGGCGGUGGACAACAAGAGUUCCAUCAACAGCAACAGAUGAUGUUCGGUGGGCAGCAGCAAGGAGGCAACUCACAACAGCAGGGCAACUUCCAACAAAGAUUCUAG